AUGCCAUCGUCUAGUCAUGCUGCAUAUAUGAAAAGAAGCAGCCACUCGGGUAGCUCACCAUCCCCAGAGGCGCCACUAGGGCCCAUGCUAUCCUUCAUGUCUCCCGCUGCCCACAAUCAGUCAGGCGUCGAUACUGGGCCUAUAAGAGCGGCAUCUCACCCUACCGUUGACACCUUGGCGUUGUGUCUACUUGAAGACGACGAGAGUCACCUUAUCCCCGAUGAACUCGUAGACCAAGCAGACGCGAGUGAAUUUCUUGAGCAUAACAUGGCUGUCGUCUCAACUCUUCACGACAAGUCCACCGACUCCCUACUCCGACCAGACGGUGACAAUACCAAAUCAGAUCUAGUUGCGUAUCAGCAUCAGAUUGCGGCAUCGAGCAAGUUCCGCAAGUCAGUUGGCGCCAUCAGCGACCGUAACUGGUUCACCGUCCUCGUCUUUGCCAUCUCAGUCCUCAUCUUCCACUUCGACAUCCACAGAAGAGCAAAACGCGGGCUCGCUGACAAUGAAUCUUUGGAACCAAUAAUGGCUCUACGUGGAGCCGCUCUCUUGGGCAUGGAGCUGGGGCCAUGGUUGAUGAAGAGCAAACUACUCGCUGCUGCCAGAAGACGCAUUGCGGCUGAGAACCCGCCGUGGGAUGAUCUCGCCGAGCAGGCUAUUACGAACCUCGAGCUAAUAAACGAGACUUCAUCUCCGCUCCGAAGCCGCGGGAUCUGCAAAGAUGCCCUAAACAAGUUACAGUUCUGGCUUCGACUUACACAGUCUAAGCCACGCACAUGGCUGCACUUUGUAUGGUGGCCUGGGGCUAUCGACCAAGAAUAUCUAGAUCUUCUAGGGACAAACGAUCCCAUGGCACUGGUAAUUCUUGUACAUUGGUGUGCAGUGAUGAAGUCUUCGCCGAGGAAAUGGUUCAUGGAAGGUUGGGCUGAAAAUGUUGCACGGCCAGCGAUUGCGCAGAUUGGGCCAGAGUGGGACGACACUAUGGCAUGGGCAUUGUCAAGGAUAAGGCCUGGUGUCAGCAAGUAA